AUGGUACAAUCAAAGUCAAACACUAGUCUUGCAAACAGAAGGCAAUCAUCCUUCUUUUACAAUUUGCCUCAAGCUGACCCCGAUGUUUACUAUGUUGGUGUUGAUGUUGGUACUGGUUCAGCCAGAGCUUGUUUAAUUGACACCAAUGGUAUCAUUUUGGGAUUGGCAGAAAAACCGAUUACUAGACAAGAAUUGAAACCAAACUAUAUAACUCAAAACUCGACUGAGAUUUGGAAUGCAAUUUGUUACUGUGUUAAGCGCUGUUUAAGUGAAUCGGGUGUCGACCCUCACCAUGUGUUUGGUAUUGGGUUUGAUGCUACGUGUUCAUUGGUUGCUGUUUCGGAGUCUAAUGACACUCCUGAAUCUGUAGGUCCUAACUUCGAUGAUAAAGAGGAAAACAUCAUCUUAUGGAUGGAUCACAGAGCUGAAGAAGAAACCAACGCUAUCAAUGCCACUGGUGAUAAAUGCUUGAAAUAUGUUGGUGGACAAAUGUCGAUUGAGAUGGAGUUGCCAAAGAUGAAAUGGUUGAAACAUCACAAACCCGGUGGAAUUGAUGAUUGUAAGUUUUAUGAUUUGGCUGAUUUCUUAGUCCAUAAGGCCACCGGAACUGAAACUAGAAGUUUCUGUUCAGUUGUGUGUAAGCAAGGAUUUGUUCCAAUUGGUGUUGAUGGUUCAGAAACUGGAUGGUCAAAGGACUUUUUGCUUGCAGUGGACAUGCCAGAGUUGAUCGAGGACAAUUUCAGAAGAUUGGGUGGUAUCCCAGGCGUCAAUGGUAAAUAUCUUACCGCUGGUAACAUUGUUGGUAAGUUGACCGAUAAAUCGGCUGCUGAAUUGGGGUUGUGCACUGAAUGUAUCGUUGGUUCGCCUGUUAUUGAUGCUUAUGCAGGAUGGGUUGGUACUGUUGCCGCCAAGGCAGAAGUGCCCGAAUUACUUGAAGAAAAAUACGAUGGAACCAUUGGUGAUGCUUGUGGUAGAUUAGCAGCAGUUGCUGGUACUUCUACAUGUCAUAUUGCCAUGACUAAAGAACCUUGUUUUGUCAAGGGUGUCUGGGGUCCAUACAAGGAUGUUAUGGCAGAAGGCUAUUGGUUAGCCGAAGGUGGUCAAUCAAUUACUGGUCAAUUGUUGGCGCAUGUGUUAAGUAUCCAUCCAGCAAAUCAAGAAUUGUUGAAAGCAGCUGAACAAUCGAACAUUUCGAAGUUUGAUUACUUAAACUCAUUGUUGGAGAGAAUGGUCAAGACUAGAGGCGAGAGAUCGGUUGUAUCCUUGGCUAAACAUAUUUUCUUUUAUGGUGAUUUCCAUGGUAACAGAUCCCCCAUUGCUGAUCCAAGAAUGAGAGCAAGUUUAAUUGGACAAUCAUUGGACAACUCUAUUGAAGAUUUGGCCUUGAAUUACUUUGGUGCUUGUGAGUUUAUUGCUCAACAAACUAGACAAAUUGUGCAACAUAUGGAAGAAGCAGGACAUAAUAUCAAAUGUAUCUUUAUGAGUGGUGGUCAAUGCCGUAAUGGAUUAUUGAUGAGAUUAUUGGCUGAUUGUACUGGGUUGCCAAUUGUUAUUCCUAGAUACAUUGAUGCUGCGGUGGUGUUUGGUUCCGCCUUGUUGGGUGCUGUUGCUGCUGAAGAAUCUGUUAUUGAUCACCGUUGCAAUGGACCACAUUCAAAGAGAGCUAAACUGUUGGCUGAAAAGGGAGAUGCACAAGAAGCACCAAUUGAGAUUCCUGAAUCUCCAUAUACUGCACCAACUGCAACAUCCACCACCAAUUUGGCAACCAUUGCUUAUGCCCAUUCGAAUCCAAACAAUGUUGAUUAUUUCAACCAACCAAUUCAACAAAACCAAACUCGUCACAAGACUGAUGAUCAAGAAGAUUCCGAUGAUGAAAACACCUUGUCUUUUGGUUCUAAACAAGAAACCCAAAAGGGCUUAUCACAAAAAUUGGCCAGCUUGGGUUUGAACAAGCCAUUAUCAUCAACUAAAAAGGAGGAACAAGAAGCAGUUUCAAACGAUUCUGGAGAGUUGUUGUGGAAGAUUAUGAAGAAGAUGACUGGACCAGGUAAAGUUAUUCAACCACGUGGUGAAGACCAUCCCGACAGAAAAUUAUUGAAUGUUAAGUACAAGAUCUUUUUGGAACAGUGUUAUGGACAACGGAAAUUUAGAGAUGAAGUUGAUGCUAUAGAAAAAGACAAUUUGAAAAAUUCACAAGCUGCCAAGUAG